GUUGGUCGUUAAGCAAGCUACACAGGCAAGCAAAAGCUGCACGGAUACAAAGAUAGUUGCGAUGAGGAAUGGCACAGGAGCAACUCAAAGAAAGGAAAGAAAAUCAAGGGAUAGAAAACUAUCCAGUAGCAUCAAAAGGAUAAGAGCUGACAUGGUGGAGAUCAGCAAGGGGCAUAAACGUAUUAAAGAGGGGCAAAAGGAAGUGAGGGAAAGAUUUGAAGAAAUAAGCAAAGAGGCUGCCAAGCUGAAGGAGGAAACUAAUCUAAUCUCCAAGCAGAGCGCUGCAAAUCAAGUCCGGCUUGAUCUUAUGUUUCAGAUUGUCAAAGCAAGAUCAGAGAACGAUACUGCCAAGGACGCCUCACUGACGCAAACUUUGCGGGAACUAAUGGCGAGCAAAAGCUAGCUCCCGGAAGAUAAAAAAGAACAAGAUUUAGCACGUUAACCCUGUUUCCGGGCUCCUGCCGCUUGCUUUUGAUUAUUGCUUUUCUAGUACGUACGUAGUACUAUUUACAACGAAGUUAUACCACCCCCCCACGCCGACGAACCGUCCAUGCAAGAGAUUUUUUAGAUAAAAUCUCUUUAUUCCUCAGUUGAUCCAUAUAAUUGAUGAAAAACGAUUCAGGAUUUUAUUAUUA